GGUGUGUGGGACCUACUUAAGAUUGUCUUCCGCAAUCACGAUGAGGCUAAACCUCGAGUAUCCGAUGUGGCUGCAUGGACGACGCUACCUACACAAAACCCAUACCCCUGCCAGAAAAUUUCCGAGACACAUCGGGGUGAGUUGCGGGGCAGAGACACUAAGAUUACCCUCUACCUUAAAGAAGACCAACUUAAAUACCUUGAGGAGCGCAAGCUCAAGGAUCUGAUUAUGAAAAAUUCUGAGUUCAUCAGCUACCCAAUUUCUCUUUGGAUUGGAGUUCAUCAGCUACCCAAGGCUCAAGGCUACGAGUUCGAUAGUGGCUUCGGCUUCGAGUUCGAGUUUGAGUUUGAGAAGGGCUUCGAGUGUUCCACCGCCUCAACAUCAACAACGAUUCUCGUCUCGAACUCGAAAGUCUCAUCAAGAUGGUAG